GCAAGCCAUCGAGGAAGUAUAGUGGGACUCGCACUCGAUGGUUUCGACUCAGAUACAAACAAUAUCUGAAUUUUCAUUUGUUUUAUAUAUUUGUUUUUGAUAUUUUAAAGUUUCUUGUAACUAUAAAAUCAGUCCCUUACUCUCUGUCUCUCCCAAAACAUACAUUCAUUCUCAUUUUAUAACUCCAAUUUCAAGUUUAGAAAUAUCCUAAAAUGGUGAGAUUCAUCGAAGAGAAUAUUACAAAAAUGUUAGAGACUAAGAUCAUCUCAAACUCGGAGGUUUUGUACGCCGGAGGAGACGACGGAGAUACGUCGCCGGCGACUAAAGUUUUUCAAGAUUUUCAGAUCAACGAUAAAAACGUCGGGGGAGGAGGAGGACUAAUAAGAUCAUGGGUUGAUUCCAUGAGAGCUUGUUCUCCUACUCAUCUCCAAUCUUUCAACGACCAAUCUUCUUGGAUCAUGAGAAACACUGUGAGAAAACUUGCAAUGUGUUUUCCAACAGCCAUAGUUAGUGGGAGAUGCAGAGAGAAGGUUUAUAGUUUUGUGAAAUUAACUGAGCUGUACUAUGCUGGAAGUCAUGGCAUGGACAUCAAAGGACCAGAACAAGGAUCUAGAUACAAGAAAAAAAAUCAGUCUCUUCUUUGUCAACCCGCGACGGAGUUCCUCCCUGUGAUCACCGAGGUUUAUCGAAAACUAGUGGAGAAAACAAAUUCGAUUCCAGGAGCCAAAGUAGAGAACAACAAAUUUUGUGCCUCUGUUCACUUUCGAUGUGUAGACGAAAAUAAAUGGAGUGACUUGGCCCAUCUAGUUCGAUCAGUUUUGAAGAACUACCCCAAGCUCAUGCUUACCCAAGGAAGAAAAGUGUUCGAGAUUCGUCCAAUCAUUAAAUGGGAUAAAGGCAAAGCACUCGAGUUCUUGUUAGAAUCACUAGGAUAUGACAACUGUACCGAUGUUUUUCCUAUAUAUAUUGGAGAUGAUCGAACCGACGAAGAUGCCUUCAAGAUUUUGAGAGAUAAAAGACAAGGUCUUGGGAUUCUUGUUAUGAGUUUCUUAGAACGUUUGGUGGUAUGGAAACAGUUAACAUGUGGGGCAUGAUGAACAGUUUACAAGUACAGGAGAAUCAUUUGUUUUACUUUUCGUUAUUUUUUUGACAAAACUUUUUGUUAUUUAUUUAAGAUUCUAACGUAUCAGCAGGGAGCGAAAAUGAUUACAAACAAAACAAAUAGAAGUUCUUGUUCCUUUUAUUCAACUUUGGUUUUGUGACUACUGACUACUCCCUUGUUGUUACUAUCAAUGCGAAUGUUCAAAUUGCAUAUAUGGAAAUAUUUUAGUUCUCAGAAGUCCGACGAAUACUU